AUGGUCACAUUUCCGCCCGAGAAGGCCCCUAAGCCAGGUCUAAAUAUUUACGAGUUUGCGGCCGUAAAUCCCUAUAAGUUGACUAUUGCAGCUGAGGAGCUUAGCAUUCCGUAUAACUAUAUCAACGUGGACUUGGGCGCAGGCGAGCCUCAGAUCGUGUGGUAUACAUCGAUUAAUCCGAAUGGUCGUAUACCCUCACUCAUCCACGUCAAAGACGAUGGUGCUUCCGUGACUGCCUUCGAAAGUGCCGCCUGUUUGCUCUAUAUCGCUAGCGAGUUUGAUAAGGAGCACAAGAUCUCGCAUCCUGUUGGCACGUCCGAGUACUGGACGCAGCUGUCCUGGUCUACUUCUCCCUUUGUGGCAGGAGAUCGUUUGACAGUUGCCGAUGUUGCAAUCUUCAUCUACGCGCACUCGGCUAAGUGGUGUGGUAUUAACGUCAACAAGUUCCCCGACGUUAAGGUGUGGCAUGAUAAGCUCCUUCAGAGACCUGGCUUCCAAAGAGGACUUCAGGUUCCUGUACCUUAUCCGUUUACCGAUGAGGCUGUCUUAAGCCCCGAUGGGCAAGAUUUCUAUAUCACAAUGCGCAAGUUUGGCAAACAGAUGAUUAAAGGGGCGACUGAUAAGUGGCAAGGCGAUGUAGUGCAGGUGCCUUCUGACCGUGCUAGCUAUUGA